GUGGGUUCAGGGGUCCAGAUGACAAACAUGUAAGUAGAAGUGUUCAACUUACAAAAUCGACAUAAUACAGGGGUCCAGAAGUUCAUUUUGCCAAGAAAAAAAUGAGUAAAAAGAACUUACAAGGCCUGUUCUACUAUUUCCCCUUUUGUCCUUUUUAUGUUGAAAAAAGAAAAGAAAAGAAAAGAAAAGAAAUAAUUACCGUUGAGGGGAAACAAACCGACGUCUCCGUAAAGCAUAAGCAGUGAAACAAACUAAUUUGGCGCCAAAUAUUGCUUAACUACCAUUCUCAAUAAGCUUUCUUUAACAGCAAUCCAAAUCAACAAAACAAGAUUGGAAAAGGCUAUUGGGAAAUGUUCUACAAUGGAUGACAAUUCAGUAACAAGAAUUCAAACAGAUUGGUAUUCUCCAACUCGUCUUCUCAGCACUCCCGUCCACUACGAUUUUCCUGGAGAUAGAUUUAUACCGAAUAGAAGCAUGAUGAAUCUUGAUCAAGCACACACUUUACUCACCAACACAAGAACCAAGAAACUCGUAAAACCCAACUUCAGUGAUGAAUAUAGAAGGAAGAUGGAGGAAAAUCUAAAUUUGGAUGUACAAGGAAGACCAUUCAGAAUGCUGGUUUUUAGAGGGAGUCCCAAAUCAUGUAGGCAAUCCACACGUCUAAUUGAUGAAAUGCGCCGUAGUGAUGAAGAAGUUCCCCUGAAAACUAAUGACACUAGGCGAUAUCGAAAGUUCCCCUUGAUAGCAACUCGAACUCUAGAUGCUCCUCACUUGCCAGAUGACUAUUACUCAAAUAUUAUGGAUUGGGGGAAAUCAAACAUACUUGCCGUUGUACUUGGACCAAGGCUAUACAUCUGGAAUGCUCAAGUUCAAAAAGCACAGGUACUGAUGGAAUUGAUGCGUGAACGCGAUAAUCCUACUAGUGUAACAUGGUCUGAUGAUGGAAAAACAGUAGCAGUUGGUUGUAAUUCCUCCAAACUCCAGCUCUGGGAUGCUGAGACUUCGAAGCUUGUGAGAGGACUGCAAGGCCAUCAGAGCAGAGUGGGUUGUGUUGCAUGGAAGGGUCAUAUUUUAACCUCAGGGAGUAAAGACAGAGCUAUUAUCAAUCAUGAUGUGAGAGCAAGAAAUAGUUUGGUCUCUCAAUCAAGAGUACAUAGAGGGGAAGUUUGUGGCGUGAAGUGGUCUUUCACGGGGAAUGCACUUGCCACUGGUGGCAAUGACAAUCUGGUGUACAUAUGGGAUAUUUCCAAGAUGAGCUCAAGGCAUUAUAUGCACCGGUUCAAUGAACAUCAUGCUGCAGUCAAGGCCCUAGCUUGGUGUCCAUAUAACGGUGAUGUAUUAGCCUCUGGAGGAGGCAUAGAUGAUGGAUGUCUUAAGAUUUGGAAUACCCGCAAGGGGACAUGCAUCAGCACCAACAAAACUGGAGCCCAGAUUUGUGGGCUUCAAUGGAACAGGCAUCACAAAGAGAUAUUAAGUGGCCAUGGAUUUGGAAGGGGUGAAUCUCAUUGUCAGUUGUGUUUAUGGAGUUAUCCUUCCAUGGCUAGAAUCGGAGAGCCACUGCGUCAUACUUCUUCAUCAAGAAUUCUGCAUCUCUCCCAGAGCCCUGAUGGUUUGACUGUGGUAUCAGCUGGAGCAGAUGAGACUCUUAGGUUCUGGGAGAUAUUUGGCCCCCCUCAGGAAAGCAGUGUAAAAAUCACAAAUUUGGAUAAUCUCUUGUCCCUUAAGGCAUCAGCAGUGAGAUAAUCAGCUGCUUAAAUUUUAGAAUGAAAAUGUUUGAAAUAUAGCUUUGCCGGUAAUAAUGCCUGUCACAUAUUCUAUCAUCCUGUGUGUCAAUUCUCAGCAUGCAUAGAUAUAUCAUAGAUUACUAAUCCUAUGGUAAAGAAAGAUAUAGUACAUCUAGUUCAAUUACAGGCACUCGCCAUGAGAACCGAGGCAUAUUAUGUAGAAAGAACAUUCUAAA